AUUGAUUAUGUUUCUCCUAGAUGCAGCAUUUCCUGGGACUUUAAUGAUGAGUUUGUGUGUGAGAUUCUCAUAUUGUCUUCUUGUGUGAGGAGACAAAGUCCUCCUCCUAUACUUACAUAAACCCACAAGCAACAUGAGCUUCAAGAAUAAUUUAUAUAUUUUCAAUUAUUCAUUUUCCUUUUAGUUUUUUUUUUUUUUUUUUUUUUGGUUUAUGAAAAGUUUAGUAGCUUCAUUAGAUUUAAGAGAGUUUAUCUAAGUUUCUAAAAGCAUAGUUUAGAAGUCUACAACUCAUUGUCACCAAUUGAGGUUCUGCAGGGUUUUUCACUUUUACCCAUCUGACUGAAGUGGUAUGCUGUAAUCCAUAAGUUUUGAGGCAGAGGUGUUUGUUGUUUUGUGUGUGUGUUCCUACUCAAAAUCAUACGUUUCUUUUUGGUUGUUUGCUCUGGCUUGCAUCACCUCACAUUUCUUGGCAAUAGAGAAAGUAUAACAAGACGCCUGGAUUUAACUGAUUCUCUAUUGUAAUAGUGUGUAGAUCAGGGAGAGAAAGUAUAACAAGACGCCUGGAUUAAACUGGAUUUUUUGAUAUGUUUUUUGGGUUGCUGUUUCUGUGAGUUACAUAAUUCAGGAUGUAAAGGUGGACUCGAUAAAUAAAGUAGCUGGAGCAUUCUUGCUGAUGGGUGAAGUCUGCAGAGCAAUAAUACAAACUUUUGCAGUGCCAGUGUUUGAUUCUUCUGAGCUCUGUGGCUACUGAGGAAGAAGCUUGGUGUUUCUGUGAUGGGUUUGAAUUUCCUUGGUGGGAUGAACCUGCAACAGAAGCACGGUGGUGGUGGGGGGAAGAAGAACUGCUCAGAUGUGGCUGAUAAAGUUGUUGUUGUUGUUGCUGUUAAGGCUUCAAGGGAAAUCCCAAGAAGGGCUCUUGUGUGGGCUUUGACUCAUGUUGUUCAGCCUGGGGAUUGCAUUAUGCUUCUGGUGGUCAUCCCUCCUCACAGCCAUGGUAAAAAACUAUGGGGUUUUCCAAGAUUUAGUAGUGAUUGUACAACUGGUCAGAGGAAGUUUCAUUCAGGAACCAGCUCAGAUCAGAAGGAUGAUAUUACAGAUACAUGCUCCCAAAUGAUGCUUCAACUCCAUGAUGUUUACGACCCUGAUAUGAUAAAUGUGAAGAUAAAAAUUGUUUCUGGCUCACGAUCUGGAGUAGUGGCAGCUGAAGCCAAGAGUGUUCAAACAAACUGGAUUGUCUUGGAUAAACGGCUGAAGCAUGAAGCAAAGCACUGCAUGGAAGAGCUGCAAUGCAACCUAGUGGUUAUGAAACGAUCUCGACCAAAGGUUCUUCGUUUGAAUUUGACUGGAUCAUCAAAGAAGGAACCUGAAGUGGCUUGCCCAUUACAGUCAAUAUCAGAAGCAUCUGAAGGACAUCUAAAAAAUAAGCAUGAUGACAUGCCAAAUGCGAUCCGAGGUCCUGUUGUCACUCCAGCAAGUAGUCCAGAACAUGGGACAACAUUCACUUCGACUGACAUUGGAACUUCAUCAAUGUCAAGCUCAGAUCCAGGGAAUUCACCUUUUUUCAUUCCCAGAAUUAGCAGGGACCUGAAGAUGGAGGAUGCAUUAACCACUGAAGGUAACCCACUUUUGGAUGAAUCUGACUCUGAUACAGACAGUGAAAAGCUGGGUCCUCGAACAAGGUUAUGUUUCCAGACAUGGCUGGUGGAGAAUAUUCUCAGUUCUGGUGGUGAAUUCUCAAAGCAUUUGGUGGAAGGUUCACGAAAACCCAGCGAUAAAGCUCUAGCUUUCAAAUCUGGUAUGUUGCUGGACAAGUUCUCCCAACUUGAUCCAGAACCUGAAGUUGGAGUGCUGAACUAUAAGUUUGACCUGGAGUCAGGUAUAAAUGUGAGAGAAGUAAUUUCAUUAUCUGGAAAUACACCUCCUGGACCUCCUCCACUGUGUUCAAUUUGUCAGCAUAAGGCGCCUGUAUUUGGAAAACCUCCAAGGUGGUUCACCUAUGCUGAGCUAGAACUUGCUACAGGUGGAUUUUCACAUGUUAAUUUCUUGGCAGAAGGUGGAUUUGGUUCUGUGCAUAGAGGGAUCUUACCAGAUGGUCAGGUUGUUGCUGUUAAGCAACAUAAAUUGGCUAGUUCUCAGGGUGAUCUCGAAUUUUGCUCAGAAGUGGAGGUCCUAAGCUGUGCACAGCAUCGCAAUGUUGUGAUGCUAAUCGGGUUCUGUGUGGAGGAUGGAAGAAGGUUGCUGGUUUAUGAAUAUAUCUGCAAUGGGUCUUUGGAUUCCCAUCUUUAUGGACGUGAUCGAGGUCUGCUAGAAUGGUCUGCACGACAAAAAAUUGCAGUUGGAGCUGCUCGAGGAUUGAGAUAUCUUCAUGAAGAAUGCAGAGUGGGUUGUAUUGUCCACCGCGAUAUGCGGCCUAACAAUAUCCUCAUCACGCAUGAUUUUGAACCAUUAGUUGGAGAUUUUGGACUGGCAAGGUGGCAGCCAGAUGGAGACAUGGGAGUGGAAACACGAAUAAUUGGAACAUUUGGGUACCUGUCUCCAGAAUAUGCUCAAAGUGGCCAAAUCACAGAAAAAGCUGAUGUAUACUCCUUUGGAGUAGUGUUGGUGGAGCUCAUUACAGGACGGAAAGCUAUGGAUAUAAACCGGCCAAAGGGUCAGCAGUGCCUCACUGAAUGGGCACGCCCUUUGCUAGAACAAUGUGCCAUUGAUGAACUGGUUGACCCACGCCUAAGGAACUGCUAUUCGGAGAAAGAAGUUUCUGGCAUGCUGCAUUGUGCCUCCUUGUGCAUCCAACGGGAUCCUCAUUCUAGGCCCCGCAUGUCUCAGGUGCUUCGAAUAUUAGAGGGUGAUAUUUUCAUGAACUCGACUGGUUAUAUGUCAAAAAACUUGGCCUAUGAUGUGGGGAACAGCAGGGAAGGGAUGUGGCCAGAACAGCUGCAACAGCAUCAACGAUACAGUGGCCCAAUCUCAAAUGGAGCAGCCCAAAGAGCUCGAAGAUCAGCUCACUGGGAGCGAAGAAGUGUAGACGGCUUCAUGUGAAGGUCAUUCAUAAACUGUCUACAUACAUAUUUGCGUUUUAUUUUUGUCCAAAACCCUAUAUUUUGUAGAUUGUUAGAGUGUAUAGCAGCAAGAGAUUAGGGCUGCAGAGGUUUGUAAUCUUCCUUUUGCUUUCCUGAGGGUGGUGAGGGCUUUCCUUCUUUUGUAUUAUUCAUAUUCAGUCAGUGUAGUUUUAGGAUCCAAUGCUGGUUCAUGAAAUGAAUAUUUGGAAUUCGGAUA